AUGGUGUCAAAUUUACCCUGCAGUGCGUUGAACGAACACAUAGCUGGAAGGCAUGAGGUUUUACAAGAGGUGUCUAAUAAUUCUACCUGUGAUCCUUCUAAAAUUCUCACUAUUUUCGAAAGUCAACUUUCUUCUAAAUUUCUACAACAACUCGGACAGGUUAAAGUAAAUCCUAUAAAAGAUUGCUGUCAAAAUAUUAUUUCAAAAUUUGGUGAUAAUGUUGUUGAUAUUUGUAUUCAAACUAUGGAGUUUCAUUCCGUGUGGUUAAAAGAACGACAAUUUAGAAUUACUGGUAGUGAUUCCUACCAGUUAUUUACAUAUAAAAACAAUAAAAAACCUGAUUGGAAACAGAAAUCACUAAAAUACUUUUAUUCUAAUUCAGUAAAUAAUUGUUAUACACAGCACGGUUUAAAAAAUGAGCCAUUAGCACGUAAUAAUUAUGAUGAGUCUGAACCUUCGGUUCUACUUGUUUCAGAUUCAAAUAGACUAUUGUUUGCAUCCUGGUGGAUUUUUAUAACAAUUAUAACUGCUUUUUAUACUGCUAAUUUGACUGCAUUUUUGACAUUGUCUGAAUUUACGCUGGAGUUUACUUCAGUCAAAGAUAUUUAUAACUUACGCAAAUCUUGGACAGCUCAACGUCAUUAUAUUAUUGAUAUUACAGUAAAUAGAAAUGAUCCAGGAGAGCUUGAACCUCUCAAAAAAUCACUUAACAAAACCCGUGGUAUGUUUUACAACAUUACCAAAGAGGAUAAUAAAGCUAAAAAAGUAGCCGGUUUUGUUACAAACGAUCGUUUGUUCAUCGAUGAAGUUCAAUUCGUCGAGGAUUUCAUCUACCGCGAUUAUCUGAAUCGCACGCGUUUGAACAUGAUAGAAAAGGAGAAAUGUUACUACAUUAAAAUGCCGAACUCUGUGUAUGAACAAAAUCGUGGAUUUGCUUAUCCAUUGAAUUCGCGGAUUAAAAAAAUAAUUGACCGACAAUUGUUGCAUUUAGUAGAAACGGGGAUAAUCAAGCACAUAGAAUCGAUAAAUAGACCGAGGGUUACAUAUUGCCCACUCGAUUUAGGUUCAACGGAACGUAGAUUGGAGAACAGAGACUUUAAAUUGACAUACGAAGUUAUUGCAACUGGUUUUUUGUUGGCAUUGAUAUGCUUUAUUGUGGAAGUAAGUCAACAUUACUUCAAAUGUCGGGUGUGCUUGUGUUGCGCUGACUCAUGUACCUGUUGCAAAACGCGUAUGAAGGUGCAAGUAAGUCCAGCGAAGCGCCCGCAAUUACCAUUACCUCCAUUGCCGAUAACAAAAGAAUCAAUUAAAACCGAAUUUUCGGCGUUUCCUCAAACUCAAAUUCCGAUUUACGAUUCUAUUGACAAUGUUAUAAGUUCUAAGACUCGUUUUAUUAAUGGACGUGAUUAUUUUGUUAUCAAGGGAGUUACGGGGGAAAAACGAUUAGUACCAGUUCGUACACCAUCAGCGUUAUUGUUUCAAUACACUAAUUAAUUGAUUGAUUAUUUCAGUUAGAGUGUUUUGGAUUUCAAAUUUGAUUGCUAUUUGACAACUGAAUUAAUAAUAAUCAGCCGACGCAGUGAUCGUAUUGAUUUUUUCAUUUCUUCCCCCGCAAAGAGUAAUUGUAACACGAGCUGUUACUGUGUAACAUUCAUCAAUAAUGUGUCGUGGUCUAUCAGAUGUGUUAAGUACAUAUUAAAUAAUAUAUAUGUCAGUAGGUGUUUCGCUGGUACGCUCAAAGAACUUAAUUACGUGGCGGCAUUUACAUUUUACCAAAAUUUGUUUUAAUUAAAUUAUUAAUGAGCCCAGGCGUCAACUCGGUGAAAAAGUACGGGAUUUUUUGGUAAAUUUAUUUUAAACGAGACGUCGGAAAAGUAAUCGGGGGUUAUUUAGGCAUUUACCCAAUCGUUUAAUUCGUUUUAAUCAGUAUUUAAAUUUAACGCGGCUUUUAUCUGAUAAAAAUACUGCGGUAACUAUUCUAACUCGUGACAGUAUUAUUUAAAAUUAAAAAGAGGAUAAUAAAUUUACAUAUAUAUGUAUACAUAUAUAUUAGGGCGUUUCAAAAAAA